UUUUUUUUAAUGAAAAAAUAAUAAAACUAAGUAGAAAAAAAAAAUAAUAAAAAUAAAUAAUUAAAAAAAAAUUAAAAAAUUAAAUAUAAAGUAAAAAUUUCAAUAAAAAAAUAUAUUAAACAAUUUAUCUAAAAAAGUAUUUUAAAGCAAUAAUAACAAAAGUUAAAAAAUAUCAUUAAAACACCAAAAUUUGAAAAAAAAAUUAACGCACAUAAGUAAGAACCAAAGCUUGCUAUCCAAUUUGGGUGGGUUUCCAGCAAAAAUUAUAUAUAUUUUCCAAAAAACAUUGCGCUAAAACGCCCCGCUGUGUCAUGUGUUAAUUAAGCUGCUGACGCUUCACCCCGCUAACCAUUAUAUACCAGCGAACUUUUUAUUGCACUCCACGCAGCAGUCGUACAACCUUGGUAGGCGUGUCCGUUGCUUGCCAAAUUAUAACCUUCAAAGAAUUGCCCAAAGCAGCAAAAAAAAUUUUCAAUUCAGCAGCACUUUUGACGAAAUAUCUGGCCAUGUACCGCCGUGGAGGCCUGCAAAUAUACAAAAAAGCCACACAAACACACGCGUAGACAGUCAUAACGGUGAAGACAGCAUAUGAAGUCCGCUAUAUGUAUGCGUGCGUGUGUAGCUGCAGCGGAAAAAAUCGAUAUAACAUCAACAAUAAACAACGGUAAUGCUGCUGCUGGCCCAUAAACAUACCUAAGUAACACAAAGGCAAACGCACACACUCACACACACAUAAGCGCGCUAAACAAUAGUGCGUUAGUGUGCGCUGUGUGGCAUGCCUCUGCAGUCGCAUAUUUGCAUAUACGCGUUUGCUAUCGCAUUCCGCCACCAACUCUUGCCACGCCGCCAGCCAGCCGACGCCGCAAUUUUAUGCCGAUAACGUAAUACACACGACACUCACAGCAGUUGGUCGACGAGCGUUUACCAUAUGGAUAUGUGCAGCUGACCAAAAAUGUUGUGCAAUUGUGCUAACGUUUUAAAUAUUUAAUUAAAAUUACUUAGCAAAAAAGCAAUUCAAAGUAGAAAAAUAUAUAAACACGUGCGCGUAUUUACAACACAGAAAAAAUAAAAUAAUACAUAUAAAAAAAUUGUCCAUUUUAACUGCUUAACGCAUAAUUGUAGCAAAGAAAAAAUUAAUAACAGCAACAACAACAAAAAAGUUUUAUAAAAAAAAACAACAAAAAACGCAUGCAUUUAUGCAGCACAAGGUCGCACACCAGCUUACUACCGCGCGCCUACACGGCGUAUGAGCAAUUAAUUAAGUGCAGCGCCUGGAGUGAAUGCUGAACAACAAGCAUAACAACAACAACAGCAGCAGCAAAAAGAUGGUGGACCUGAAUACCUGUCCGCCUACGCCGCCGGGUGGCGAACGCUCGAAAAUCAAAAGCUUUAUGGGCCGCACUCCCGGCAUUGGUAUAUUGAAGUCGAAAUUUCUAACGGUGCUUGGGAAUAGCAAUGAGCUGCUUAACGGUAUUUCGAAUAAGCUUACGCUUAGCAUUAGCUCCAGCGAAUCGGAGUAUUGCGAUGAUGACGAGGAGGUUCCUACAUUUGACGAGACCAUUGACUAUACGAAAAUAGAUUAUGAGUUUCGACGCAUUAAGGCGCGACGGGCACAUGAAGAGAUCAUAUCAGGACGGUUUCGAUAUCCCAACUUAGCACCUAGACCUCGCUUGGAGGCUUCCCGCGCCAGUGCACGUGACAAAAACAAGCGUUCCGAUUCGAGUUCCUCAACUUCCAGCUCCACAUCGUCUUCAUACUCACCGCCUGUCAAUCGUUCGCAUGUUAGCAGCACUACACGCUCGAAUUCCAUCGAGUCACGUCAUUCCGGUGGUUAUGGGCGACCCGGACGCGCCAUACCCGGCGCAAGACGCAGUGAACUCGACAUACAAAGAGAUUUAUCACGCAUUACCGAUUUGUUGAGCGUAAAUGCCAGCGCACCGCAAAUCGAUGUACAACCGCCCUCGGAUCGUGAAUGCGGCAAUUCCACUGAACAGCGCAACCAUCCCACGCACCUGCAUAUGGAUAUACCAGCUAUGACACAAUCGGGCACCAGUAUGGCGGUGCCGCCACGCAGUCGCAACUCGAAUAGCAGCACUGUGACCAGUUUGCGUGACGAUCCCGAUGUACAAGCGAGUCCAAGCAUUGAAUCUACCGAUUGGCGUAAUUUUAUACGUUCGGAGUCACAAAAUUCAGUACCGUCAUGGGCAUCAUCCAUCAGUUUGGACUGCCGCGCUGGCGAGGAACCGAUCAAGGAGUUUAUGAAACGUUUCAUAGAGGUGCUUUUCACGAAUGCCUCAGCGAUUGGACUGGAAUUGAAGGCGGAGUUUGGCGCAUUGGCACGUAUCGAUGCGGGACGACAGUGGUUUACACGUUUCUUGCUCGAGCAGAAAGCCAAAUCAAAGCGUGUAGAUGAGGUGACCUUCCAUUCGCUGGUACAGUAUUUCGCCAUCGUCUUAUUUGAGUGCGGUGAGAGUGAAGACUAUGCGCCGGCAGCGUUAAUCAUGAAUACUUGCUUUAUGUUCUACAAUGAAAUUGAAGUUCCUGGCUGUGAACCGUAUCGCCAGUAUCUCUACAUUUUCAUGCGUCAACAACCGAUAUGGUAUAGUCAACGUUUUUGGGGUGCCGCAUUCUUCGAAGCUGUGCAAAGUGAACGUGACCAUCGUUUGGCGAUGCGUAAGCGGCGCGCUGAAAGGAAGCAGCGCAACAAAGCGCAGUUCACAACAAAGAUAGCGGUUGAGUCGAGUAUGCAUGAUAAUUCGCCAGCUGAGGUAACGAAUGAGAACGCGUUGUUAACGGAUGCACCGAUUGAUGGGGAAAUCGCUUCCACGUCCAGUUCCUCACAUCAUGGUAAUAUUGUGGCCUUAAAGGUGCAGUCGACGAAGAAAUCCGCUUCACAGACCAGUGCCGAAGACACGUCCGCAGUUGGUGGUGCUGGUGCUUCGGCCGAGUCGACAGCUUUGGUGGGUGCGUCGAGCGCUGCAGCAGCCGCUGAUAAGCAGCACGCACAUCUCGAUCCGCAUUCCAUCGAGAAUAUUGUGUUUCGACAACUGGGGGCCUUUACUUGUAAUAUGCACUCAUUGGGCCUACCUCAAGAUAUGUGCCUAGAAUUUUUGAAGAAACAAUCGGCAACGGCAAGCCAUACUUUAUCAAAGGAGAAAACCAAACUCAUCAAGGAUAACAUAUUGCGCAUGUACCAUGAAACCGAUUCAUGGGGCGCGAAAGUGUCCUGAGUUGUUUUUACCGUUAACCAUAGUAUAUUAACUCCAACUUUCCAGUAGUUAGUUAAAUUCUAUUAAAAUUAAUAUUAAUUAUAUUUGUAACGGAAAUAUUAGUAAAAGAAAACGUUAAAAUUAAUAUAUACUGUUAACAUAUAACAUAAUUAUAUAUGUAUAUGCAUUAGGGGUAUCCUUUUUUGUUUAUUAAUCAUGUUCGUGUAGAAAAAUUGCAUUUUCGAAAAAUUUGCAAAUAAUUGCUCUAUGGAAAAAGGUAAACCUAAGGACACAUGUCCAUUAGGGGUGUCCUUAUUUGUAUAUAAUUCAUAUUUGAGCAUGAAAAAUUACAAUUUCUAAAAUUUUGUUACUAAUUGGUCUAAAGAAAAAUGCAACAAUAAUGAUCUAUGUAUAUUAGGGGUGUCCUAUUUUGUAUAAGUUUCAUAUCUGUGCAUAAAAAUUGCAUUUCCAAAAAUUUCCUUACUGAGUGCUCUAAGAAAAAUGUGAAAAUAAUGAUGUAUGUACAUUAAGUGUGUCCUUAUUUGUAUACUUUUCAUAUUUGAGCAUAAAAAAUGGUAUUUUUGAAGAAUUUACUAUUAAUUGUUCCAAGAAAAACUAAUAAGGAUACAUGUACAUUAGGUGUGUCCUUAUUUAUAAAUAUUUCAUAUUUAAGCAUUUAAAAAUGCAGAUAAAUAAGGAUAUUUAUACAUUAGGUGUGUCCUUAAUUGCAUAUAUUUCAUAUUUGAGCAUAAAAAAUUGCAUUUUCGAAAUUCUGCUCACAAAUGCACUUAGAAAAAAACAAAGAACUUCGGAAAUAACUUUUUAACGAAUCAAAAUCAGUUUUCAAGCAUUUAUGCGUAUACAGGGUGGUCCAACUAACAAAAGGUUUCGUUUUUAAUUAAGCUCGCUGCAAAUUUGCCUACUUAUACGCGUAAUUGUGAGUACGUUAUAAGUGAGGAUAGCCCUAAUGUUCAUAUAUACAUAUGUAUAUAAAUAUAGAAAUAUUUAUAUAUUAUGUAACUUUUUAAUAAUUCGUGUAAGCAUAAUUCAAGUAAGCAAGGCAUGUGGUUGAUAACACUGUACUUUUUUUUUAAAUAUGCAUUAGGGUGUGGUAUUUUUUUUUUUAAGAAAAUUUAAUUUACUAAUGAUGAUGACUGUCAAUAUUGAACACAGAAAAGCAAGCUUAUAACUUAAGGAAGUGGCACCCUAAUGCACUUAGGUACAUAUAUAUAAGCUUAUAUGAGAUAAUGAAAUGAAUGAAUAUCAAAGCAUAUAAUAUUAUAAACAAUUUGCAAUAUCAAAAGAAAUUGUGAUAUGGAAAGUUGAAAUGAGAGAGAGAGAGGAGAGAGAGAAAAUUUUCGCAGAGAAAGCGUUUAUAUAAAAACUUGUCCGCAAAUAAUAGUAUUACUUACAUGAUUAUUAUCGGAAUACUAAAGCAAAUAUGUUUAGAGCAUAUCGGGGUAUAUGAUUUUGAAUUCUAACAUCAUUAGAACCUUGCCUAUAAUUUCAUUUAAGAUUCAAUAACAUAUCCAUGUCUUCUUGAUUGAGCAAUAUAUUUUGAGAUUAAAAAACAGAUUCCAAAUUUCUGGAGAAUUAUUAAAUUUUUGGAAAGAACUGUCAACUAUCUGUCAAAAUGAAAACAGCUAUUCUUACAAAACUAUGCCAAGUAAUGUCACAGCUUAAAGGAAUUGCAGUUUUGUCAUAAUGUUGUUGUUUUCUAAAUAUAGCAACUGCUUAAACAGCGUCUGACAGAAAUGAACAAGGUCAUGUGAAAGUAUGGUUGAUCUCAACUUCCCUUCUAGACUUGAAUAUACUUUUAUAUAUUUUAAGAUUGAUUGAAUAUUUUAUUUUUAUUUUUGAUAUUUCAAGAGUCCAAACUUUAUCAAAUGCGGUGACGUUCAUUUCAAAAUAACUUAAAAUGGAAUCUAGGUGUUGGCAAAAAUACUUUAUAAACUUACUACUACUUAAACCUGCCAUAAAUUCUAGUACAAGUUCAGGUCAUUAUAAAAAUGUAUAAUUUUAUUAAUAAAGCUAGUAAUGCAUAUACUAAGUGAGCGAUGUUCUAAACUUAUUUGUUUGCUUCCAGACAAUCUCCCAAUAGGUUCGGUCAUUGAUUAAUAACAGCAGGAACCGUUUCUAUUUGUAUUAAUGACCUGCUGAAAGCAAGAUUUUUUGA